AUGUGUCUCCUUCUUGGUUUUGUUAUUGUCCUUUAUGCCUCCUAUUGUUUAUAUCGACAUUUUUUUCCGACACCAAACAUCAAUUCCAAUGGAAAAUAUGUUCUUAUUAGUGGUUGUGAUACUGGAUUCGGUCAUGAAUUAGCUGUUGAACUUGAUAAACAAGAUUUCAACGUUCUCGCUGGUGUCUUGCUUCCUGAUAAUGUAAUUUCUCUUAAAAACAAACUUUCAUCAAAAGCUACUGUAUUUUGUCUUGAUAUUACCAAACAAGAAGACAUUGAUGCUGCAUUUGAAUUAGUCAGCAAGAAAACGAAAAUUCUUCAUGCACUUGUGAACAAUGCUGGCAUUUCUAUUUCGGGUUAUAUUGAUUGGACAUCCAUGGAAGCUAUGCGUAAAAUAAUGGAUGUGAAUUAUUUUGGACAUGUUGCAAUGACGAAAAAAUUCUUACCGUUACUUAUUGCAAAACGUGAUUCACGUGUUGUUAAUAUUUGUUCUGCGGCCGGCUACCUUGCAGUAGCAAGUGUGUCAGCCUAUAGCGCAUCGAAAUAUGCUCUUGAAUCGUUUUCUGAUUGUCUUCGUCGUGAAAUGAUGCCAUGGGGUUUACAUGUUAGUAUUAUUGAACCAGCAUUUAUGAGAACAGGUAUUAAUCAAGGAGGUCCUAAAUCAUUUUCAGAAUUUUGGAAUAUGCUUUCAAGUGAUGUUCAAGAGCGAUGGGGAGAAGAUUUUUUGAAAGCCAGAUUUAGUGCAGCAAAAGCCAAUGCUUUCUUGAAAUAUGCGGAAGAUCCUAUGAAAGUCGUGCGCGUUCUUCAGCAUGCUGUUAUGAAUACGACACCUUGUAUUCGUUAUCGGCCUGGUUGGCAAUCAAGUCUUAUCUUUUUCCCACUUUCUACAUUACCCGCUUGGAUUGUUGAUUGGGUUUUGGCUAGAUUGUUUAAAUCAACUCAUCUUCCUGCACAUGUUAACAAACAACACAAAGAUUAA